AUGAUCGGCGAAUGUGCUUUUCGCAUCACCGCUCUCUCAGAUCUUGGCCCGGUGGGUGUUGUCAGAGUCUUUGUGUUCACCUGGUGUCCCUUCUGCCUUUUCCUUUCCUUUCCAGGGGCUUGGGACAUGUGGAGAGCCUACUCUGACAUGAGAGAAGCCAAUUACAUAAAUGCAGAUAAAUACUUCCAUGCGCGGGGAAACUAUGAUGCUGCCCAGAGGGGCCCUGGGGGUGUCUGGGCUGCAGAAAAGAUCAGCGAUGCCAGAGAGGGUAUCCAGAAACUCAUGGGCCACGGAGCGGAGGACUCAUUGGCCGACCAGGCUGCCAACGAAUGGGGGCGGAGUGGCAAGGACCCCAAUCACUUCAGACCUGCAGGCCUGCCUGACAAGUACUGAGCUUCCUCUUCUCUCUGCUCUCAGGGACUGGGCUGCGGGCCCCUGUGGGCAGGGACACGGAGUUACUGAGUUCUGUGUGCACAGAAGCUGGUUGAGGGCACACAAUAGGGUCUAAUAAAUGCUUAAGAGAUAGAA